AAAAUGCAAGUGAGCCACCUGGCUUCUCUCCUCUGCCUCAUCACCAUACAGGUCCUAAGCAAGAUCCAUGAUCCAUAUGAACAGGAAUGUGUCACCAGGAGGAUUCUCUGUCACCCGAAGGCCAUUUGCCAACUUGACAAGCUGACAUCUGAUUACUAUUGCCAGUGCCUGCCAGGCUACAAGGGGGAUGGAAUAAACAGUUGCCAAGACCCUGGGUUCCGCAUCACCAUUUCCAACGCAUCUGUUUGCGAUGGGUUCGGAGAGCAGGUCUGUCUCCUCAAGGCAAGAGAGAGGAAAGUCACCUUCAACAUCACAGUCUCCAUCUUUGGCAGACGCCGCCAGCACGAAGUGAGGUGGUACAAAUUCUACUCCGGCCAAAGCCCACAAUUCCACAGCUAUCGAAGAAAAUUGGCACUUGGGAAGAACAGGCCUCUGAGGAUGGUUGUGCAUGAACGUGGGCAGGCGCUGACACUACUUUCAAUCAAAGAGGAUGAUUUUUACCCAAAUCUUUUCUGGGCAGAAGUGAAUCCGAGCACAUCACCCACCAAGGCGGCCGUGGUUGAGGCCUAUGACCUGACAGGCUUCCAGCUGUUAAAUCCUUCCAAUCUGAGAUACUAUUUUGCUCUGGAGAGCAUGCCUAUAGAGGUCGGAGAGUUCUUGGAAGGGGACAACGUUGCCAUCCACUUGCCGAAAUACCUCCGGCUUCCUCCGUCCAGCUUUGUCCGGUGGAUCAAGGAGCCCCGCCCCAUGACGCUGCUGGACAGCCAUGCAGUGGUGUUGGCCAACGGCCUGGAUGAGAUUGAGAUCAGAGGAUUAAUGAACACUGACUUUGGUUAUUUCCGAGCACUUGUCUACGAUUUUAGCCCUGAUGUCCCCGGAAGGGUGUUAAAUGCCCAGAGACUCUUCUUAAUAAAUAGGGAUAUCACCAAAACCUGCAAUGGAAGCCGGGAUGAAAAACACUGCAAAUGCAAUCCAGGAUUUGAGGGAAAUGGUAUACACUGUGUUGACAUAGACGAGUGCAAGAGGGAGAUGCCCCUGAAUUGCCUGGAUGAAGCAACCUGCAUCAACACAUAUGGAUCGUAUUUUUGUCGCUGUCCGAAAGGCUUGGAAGGAGACGGCGUGCUCAGCUGCAUAGACAUUGAUGAAUGCACCAGGGAUUCCCAUGCCUGUGACCAGGACGCGAUGUGCUUGAACACCCUGGGAUCCUACUUCUGCGUUUGCCAAAGCGGAUUUAUCGGUGACGGUGUUCACUGUGAAGGUAAUGUUCACCUCUCUUCUCCCGUUACAGUAAAAAGCAGCUGGUCUCCGUGGUCUCCAUGGUCCGUCUGUUCCGCCACCUGCGGCCUCCAGAACCAGAUGCGCAUCCGGCAGUGCACUCACCCGGAGAGCGGCAUGCGAUGUGUGGGCCCUUCCGCUGAUCUCAAGCUCUGUCCUAAGAUGAAACCCUGCCCACACAACGGCCAUUGGUCAGAGUGGUCACCCUGGUCCGUGUGUUCAGAGACGUGUUCUGGGAUCAAGAAAAGGAUUCGAAUCUGCGACAACCCUGCUCCUUCCGGAGGGGGCCUGCCUUGUGAAGGGGAGAAGGAGGAGGUUGCGAUGUGCAACAACAGCCAGUGUCCAGUUGACGGAAUGUGGUCUCCCUGGGCAUCCUGGACUCCCUGCCCUACCACCUGCGGACUAGGAGUCGUGAGCCGAUCUCGGCAGUGCAACAACCCUGCCCCACAGCAUGGAGGGCAUAACUGCAGUGGGCAUGGGCACGAGCAAGGCUCUUGUGGAUUUCCGGAGGCUUUCUGCAAAUACCUGGCCAAACCAUCUGAAUCUAUAAAACUGAUUCAAUGAGUACCCAAACACUGGCCAAUGCAGCAGUGGGAAGAAUACCAGCAACCGGCCAAGUAUGGCUUCUCUCAGUUUGUGGGCCAAACUUCAUGGUG